AUGCGCAGCCCCAUUCUGAAGGGUCACUGCUUCCAGAACUCCAAGUCCGACUCAGGAGAAAGCCACCCUCCUCAGACUAGCUGCAGCAUCCAGAACGCAGCGGCGAUCCUGGAGGAGCCGGAGAUGCUUCGAGCUCAGACUUGCCCCGCAGGACCUCGGCCUUCUGGGGAGCAGGGGCUGCGGAGAGCAGACGCCCCCGCCUGGCUGCUGCGGGCCUGCCUCACCCGGCAAAGGAUGCGCAGCCACUCUGUCGGAACUGAGCAUCGGUCGCAGGGGAGGAUGCCGCCUUCCCACGCGGACCUGGCGCGGAGCCUGCGGGCGGAAAAGCCAACUCCACCGGUGCUCAAGUCUUCCUCCAUCAGCAGCUGUUUCCCUCCCUCUGAUCCUGGCACCAGCCAGUGGGCACCCUACCCUUGGAGCCAGCCAUUUACCCAAAGGGGCGCCAUUCACACAGACUGCGACAUGAAUGGCGUCCCUGGAUGUGUGCGGCACCGCUUCCAGGCCUGGAAUUCCCCCAAUGGACGCGGGCAGCGGGAUGAGAUGGGAGAGGGAGCCCCACCCCCACCCCCAUCCUCGGCCACGGUCAUUCGUGCCCGUUUUCACAUCUAUAAAGGAGUCAAGGCAUUUUCAUUCUGUAAAAGAAAGAACUUGCUGCUGACAGGUGGAAUGGACCGAAUAAUUAGAGUCUGGAAUCCUUAUCUGCCUGGAAAACCAACAGGUAUGCUGAAAAGCCACACAGCUCCAGUGAUCUACAUCCAUGUGUCUGUUGAGGAUAACAAAAUAUUUUCCAUGUCCACCAACAACACUAUUAAGAUCUGGGAUCUGGAGACCGACAGCUGCUUGUUUACUGUCUCCUCCAAAGCCAGCGGUAUUCGGGGUGAGCCCGGGGCCUGCCUCCACCUCCCCCACCCCAGAGCCCUGUGUGUGGCCACUGACACCGUCGCCCUCCUGCACCUGAGGCUGAGCUCUCCCCACGAGCCUCACCUGGUGGUUUCCCACAAAGAGCCCGUGGUGUGCUGCCGGUACAACCCCACAUUCAGGCAGGUGGUCAGCUGCUCGGAAGCAUUUGUGGUGAACGUAUGGGACUUUGAAACAGGAAGACUCUUGUCUGAAUUUAUUGGGGCUCAUGGCAAUGCCGGAGUCACUUGUCUGACCUUUGACUCCAGUGGGAGAAGGCUAGUUACUGGGGGCAGAGAUGGCUGUCUGAAAAUAUGGAGCUACAACAACGGACAUUGUCUGCACAUUAUCUUUCUAGAUGAAAAGCAAGGUGAAGUCUGUGAUUGUACCUACUUGGAGGUGAACCAAAAUAAGUGUAUCAUAGCUGUUGCAUGGGAUAGAAGAAUAAAUGUGUACUUUGACACACCAUGUGACUUUCAUCACUUCCGGAAGCCACAGCCACGCUGGCAGGAUGACUUGAACCAUGGGCAGGAGGACAUCCUCUGUGUGGCUCAAUGCCCACCUUUUCUCUUUGCCACCUCCAGCUAUGAGGGGGAGAUUAUCAUUUGGAACGUCAUCUCAGGCCACAUGUACUGCAAGCUGAAUACCCCUGGCCCCUCUGAUGGCACAGACGAUACAGAAGGCCCAGACAGGGGUGUUUCCUGCCUCACCUUUCUGAAGACUCGGGCAGCCAGCUUGGAAUCAGCCGCCACUUCCCUAAUGGCCAACAGGCCCCGAGGUUCUGUCACCUUCUGGAGGCUGUCUGGCGGGGCCUGUCCCAUUGCAAACUUCACUCCUUCCAGAGAUAAAGCCCCAGUCAGCAGCAUGGUGGUGACAGCAGGAGAUGCCUGUACCUACGUGGCUGACCAGGAUGGCUUUGUGCACGUCUACCACAUCGAGGAAUACGGUCUGCGGGGACCAGAGCAGCAGCCUCCCAAGAUUAAGCAGUGACUCUCCACAUGAGACAAUGUGAUGUUCUGGCGGGCCCACGUCAGCAUGGUGACAUCUUUGGAGCUGAUAGAAAAAGAAAAGGUUGUGCUGUCAUCCUCCCUGGACCACACCGUUCGCCUGUGGAGCACAGACAGGGAGUACAUCGGGACCUUUGCACAGAGUAGCCCCUGGGAUGUUUUCACUCCUGCCUCCUGGAGCCACCCCGGAGUGCCCUGUGAAGUUCUGACAGACCCGCAGAGUAUGUCUGCUCACCCAGUGCUGGACAGAGGUGUUCCUACCACGUGCACAGGAGAAGAGGAGCAAGACAAGGUAGUGGAAGGCAAGGCCAGUGCUAAGAACACAGAGAGACUCAACACCUCGCUCAAACCCCUGUCACAUCAGAGAGACAGACACUGGAAAUCCAGCCCGCAGCACACGCUCACCAUCAGGAAAUAUAUUUUAACGCUGGGCUUCCUGAUGAGUGAAAGGAAGGAAUGA